UGCCUGUCUGCCUGCCUGCCUGCCUGUCUGUCUCUCUGUCCGUCUGACUGUCUCUCUCUAACUGAACAGCAGGAGGCAGUAAUGCAACAGAAACGUGUUUGUUCGCUGCCACCUAUCAUGAGGAGAAGAAGAGCAGCUUCCGGUCCGGUGACGCCGGUCUGAUGCUGCAGCGCCUCGACUCCUCUGGAUUCACCGGAGCGACUCGGUCGGUAACUGUUGGCGAACCGUCAACAUGUCGCCCGGAAGGAUUUGACGGAGACGAAAGGACGCAUCGGACUGAAACAAGCUAACACGACGCGUCAACAUGUCGGUUUGUUCCGGUUUAAGGGGCGUCCCACUGUCGAGCCUGCUAACAUCAGCUAGCAGCAGCUAGCUCCUGUUUCCUUUAUAUACCAACAAAUACCGUUGUGACGUCACGACUCCGACCCGCAACAGUCCCACCGUGACGUCAUACAUCGUACCUAGCACGAGCUGAUCGAGUGACAGUGAUUUACACCAAGAAAACUGUCUCUCUCUCUCUGACAGUGUCUGAGAUGCUCUCUCCACCUCGAACUCUGAAUGAGAGCGACAAUGGGGGGCGGGGUCUGUCUGCGGUGACUCCACCUCCUGCCCUCCAAUUGGUCGAACAAACAGGAGUUUUCUCUCCUCGGAGCUCUGCCUCCUCUUCACCUCCUCCACCCUGUGCCUCCUCUUCCUUCUCUGCUCAUCACUCCCUUCUUUCCUCGCCUUCAUCUUUGACUCCUCCUUUCCCACGUCUCCCUCCACUCUUAUCUACCCCUUCACCACCUCCUUGUUCUCCUGCUCCUCUUCCUCGUCUCCUUCAUCAUCACUCUUCACCUCCUCGUCCUUCAGAACUUUGUCCUCCUCUCUUCUCCUCCUCUGCACAAAUCACUCCAUUACUACUUUCUGCUCCUCCUCCUGUUUCUCCUCUGCUUCCUCUUUACCCCGUCUUGCCUCCUUCAGCUCCUCCUCUUGCUCCUCCUCCCCCCAGUUGCCCCUGCUCCUCCCUCCUGCCCCGCCUCCUCUCAGCUCACCGGUUGGAGGUGCGGCGUCUCCUGCGAGGAGCGCUGGCUUCUCUUGGUCGUCGUCUGGACUCUCUGGAGAGGAGGAGCAGGAGGAAGGACAGAUGGAGGAAGCAGAGAUUAGGAGGAGCCUGUUUUCCUGCCUCCACCUCCUCCUCCACCUCCACCUCCACCUCUGCCUCAUCCUCCUCCUCCUCCACAGCUCCUCCUCUCUCUUGUUUCAGCCAAUCAGACCAGAGGAGGGAGGGGGGCAGGGACCAUAAAGAAGAGGUGAGGGGGAGGAAGAGGAAGAGGAAGAUCCGAGAAGAUAAGGUACAAGAAGAGGAGCAUCCUGGGAGGUUUGUCGGGCAGAUGGCUGUUUCCUUCAGAGAAGGAGGAGGAGUUGAGGAGGAGGCGCCGCUCACUCUGCACAACUUCAACCAGAGAGGGAAGGGAGGAGCCGGCCAAUUAGAGAAGACAGGCGGUCUCAUUAGCAGACGGAACGGUUACAGCUCCUCCUCCCUGGGAUCAGCUCAGACCUGCAGCCAAUCAGAAGCCUUCGCUGUCUCAUCCAACCAAUGGUGGUUCUCUGAUUUUACCCCUCCCAUCUCCAGUCUCAGUGCUUUGUGCCUGCGGUUCCCCUCCUCCUCCUCCUCCUCCUCCCCCCCUUCGUUUAGCACCGCCCCCAUGUUGCAGCUGUCAGUGGUUGCCAUGGAGACUAUGUUGGACUCAUUGAGGGGCGGGGCAUGUGGGGUUCCCCUGCGGCCUCUGAAGGACUGGACGGCCCCGCCCAGUCUGAGCGACGAUCACUGUUACGUCAGAACUUCACCAAGCCUGACUUUUUCAACCCGGCGACAACAGAAGCAACGGGCCAAUCGUAGCACUCGGAGCCUCCGCCUACCUUGGAGUCGGCCCCUGCCCCUUCCCACAUGUUCAGCCAAUGGACCGUCUGCUCCGUUCCCUGCCAGCCAAUCAGCUGCUGGCUCUGAGUUUCUCAGCACUAAUGGAGAGUGCGGUAAACGUGUCUCACAGAUUCGAAUCCGCCGGGCAUCACCACGGGAAACGCCACUCACACCGAUGGGACUGCCAAAGGUCAAAAGGUUAAAGAAAAAAGAGUUCAGUCUGGAAGAGAUUUACACCAACAAGAACUACAGAUCCCCUUGCUCCAACAGGAGUCUGGAGACGAUCUUUGAAGAGCCACGAGAGAAGGAUGGAGCGCUACUCCUGAUUGGUCAGCAAAGGAGGCGCAGGCUCCUCCUCUUCCCUGACUUCACUCAGCCCAGGAAGAGGAAGAGGCCCCAAGGGGCGUGGCUUCCUGGUGGCAUGGCGCCUAGGAAGCGUGCAGCUGCUCGGCGACAUUGCCAUGGCGACUGCUCCCCUGACGAUGACGGCGACUUGGACGUGAUGCUGGUGGAGCGACUGAGCGCACUCGAAGACUUCCUGACACAGCAGGGCCUGGACGUGUGAACUGUGACUGCACCUCUUGUCAGAUGACUAUAGGCCAAAUAAACAUUAGCUGCUAGCACACCUGCCAACUGCCGUGUUACCGUGGUGACGUCACCAGGUAGGUCUCGUGAGGCAGGUUUUACUUUUUUGCAGUGUAGUUGACGUGUGACUCUUUUACAGUGUAGACUGAUCAAUGUGAAUCAUCUGGAAUAUAUAAUAUUUUCAUCUUUUUUUACUGUGGAUGAGGCUACGCCCCAUCGCUGCCGCUGUGGUGCAGAGUCGCUGGUGAAUAUUUUAAUAAUAAGUGUAAUAUAUAUAUUUCUGUGGAAAAAUGUUUCUAUUUUUGGAACAAAUAAAGUUUCUUUACGCUCACG